UGACAUGAACCAGUGGGAGGCGAUGGAGUGAUACGCGCGAACAACACGCGCUCGUGCCAGUGUAACAGCUGUGUGUUCCUACAUCUCCACUGUCCAGACCAAAUGAAUUCAACAUCUUCCGACGACUCAUGCUCGUAUUUUCCCUCUCCCGCGGAGAUGCCUGCAUGUUACAGGGACUUAUGCGGAGGAACAAGUAACUUUGCCAAUAUGCCCUAUUGGACAUUGACAUUCCACACAGGAGAGUCCUAUGGAAUAUAGUCUGCACUGUCACUCUACUCAGCCGGUGAAAAACAAACUUUUCGUGUUCUGCAUCAUGCUGUCACUGUGGGUGUACAUGAUGUACUGCUGCGUGGGCUACUGCUCCACCUCACCGACCUUCAUGAUGGAAGAAAGGAGACUCCGACCUCUCCAGAAACAAGACCAGGAGAUGUUCCUCAAAAGCCAGUCCAGGGACUUAUUGAACAACGAGAGUGAUGCUGACAGCAGAGGAGAUGGCUGGGAGGAAAAUAAGGGCGAUGUUGGUUAUGACGAGGACUCGGGAGUGACAGGUGCCCUGAACGGGUCCGAGACCAAAAAGUUGCCCCAAGCGAUUAUAAUAGGGGUGAAGAAGGGCGGGACGCGCGCGCUGCUCGAGUUCCUGCGUCUUCAUCCUGAUGUCCGCGCGGUGGGAGCAGAGCCGCACUUCUUUGAUCGAAACUACGAGAAAGGUCUCGAGUGGUACAGGGAACUAAUGCCCAAAACUCUGGAGGGUCAGCUGACUAUGGAGAAGACACCGAGCUACUUUGUAACCAAGGAGGUUCCAGGCCGGAUCCACGCCAUGUGUAAGGACACUAAGCUGAUAGUUGUGGUCAGAGACCCAGUAACCCGGGCGAUCUCGGACUACACGCAGACCCGCUCAAAGAAACCUGACAUCCCGUCUUUCGAGAGCUUGACUUUUAGGAACAUCACAGGCAAUGUAAUAGACACCUCGUGGAGCGCGGUGCAGAUCGGCAUGUACGCCAGGCAUCUGGAUCAGUGGCUGCAGUUUUUCCCCAUGAGCCAGUUGUUGUUUGUGAGCGGGGAGCGUCUGAUCAGCGACCCGGCCGGGGAGAUGGCCCGCGUACAGCACUUCUUGGGCCUGAGGAGGGAGGUCACGCACAAACACUUUCACUUUAACCCCGCCAAGGGCUUCCCGUGCCUCAAAAGACCCGAGAGCAACAGCAAACCGCACUGCCUCGGCAAAACUAAAGGCCGCACGCACCCAAACAUUCAUCCAGAUGUGAUUCAAAGACUGCGAGACUUCUACAAGCCAUUUAACAAAAAGUUCUACCACAUGACCGGUCAUGACUUUGGCUGGGACUGAAGUUUUUUUUUUU